AUGUGGCGGCGGGAAUCACAGCGGGCUUCAUCGGCCCGAGGCCCCCCAAGCCUGAAGUGUCUCUGUCUGGGAAAGACACCUCGAAACCGUGCGUUUGACAUUCCACAGAGACCUAACAAGGAGCAAAGAGCCGCCGGUUCCUCCCCUCAGCUGCCGCGGCCGGCCGCGUUCCAGCGCGCACAAGCCCCGAGGGACCGACCCCGCGCACUAUGCCGGGGAAAACGCCACCCCAGCCCACAGCAAAGCGGCAGGAAAGCGGGAGCGCUCCGGGCGCGGCGGGAGGAGCCUCCGCGGGCCAAUGCGGGCCGGCGGGCCGGGGCACGGGAGGAAGCGGCGGCGGGGCCGAUCGGCACCUGGCUCCUGCUGCUGGCGGCGGCGCUGGCCCUGCUCCUCUCGCUGGUGGUGCGGCAGCUGCUGAAGCAGCGGCGGCCGCCCGGCUUCCCUCCCGGCCCCGCGGGGCUGCCGCUGCUCGGCAACAUCCCCGCGCUGGGCGCCGAGCAGCCGCACGUCUACCUGCGGCGGCAGAGCCAGAUCCACGGGCAGAUCUUCAGCCUUGAUCUCGGGGGUAUAUCUGCUGUUGUGCUGAAUGGCUAUGAUGCAGUGAAGGAAUGCCUCGUCCAUCAAAGUGAAAUUUUUGCAGACAGGCCGUCUCUUCCCUUGUUCAAGAAGCUGACAAACAUGGGAGGCUUACUGAACAGUAAAUAUGGCAGAGGAUGGACAGAACACCGCAAAUUAGCUGUAAAUACCUUUCGAAUUUUUGGAUAUGGUCAAAGGUCCUUUGAACACAAAAUUUCAGAAGAAUCUCUGUUUUUUCUUGAUGCCAUUGAUACAUACAAAGGCAGACCCUUUGAUCUUAAGCACUUGAUAACAAAUGCUGUUUCAAACAUUACUAAUUUGAUUAUUUUUGGAGAACGUUUCACAUACGAAGAUACUGAAUUUCAGCACAUGAUUGAGAUUUUUAGUGAAAACAUUGAAUUAGCUGCUAGUGCUUCUGUAUUUUUAUAUAAUGCUUUUCCUUGGAUUGGUAUCUUGCCAUUUGGGAAACACCAGCAGCUGUUUAAAAAUGCAGCUGAAGUCUAUGAGUUUCUUCAUGAGCUUAUUGAACGUGUCUCUGAAAAUAGGAAGCCUCAGUCACCUCGACAUUUCGUAGAUGCAUAUUUAGAUGAGAUGGACUGCAAUGGAAAUGACCCAGAAUCUACAUAUUCAAGAGAAAAUCUAAUUUUCUCCGUUGGAGAACUCAUCAUAGCUGGGACAGAAACCACAACAAAUGUUUUAAGAUGGGCAGUGUUAUUUAUGGCUCUUUAUCCCAAUAUUCAAGGGCAAGUUCAAAAAGAAAUUGAUCUUGUCAUUGGCCCGACCAAAAUGCCCACCUUGGAAGAGAAGUGCAAGAUGCCCUACACUGAGGCUGUUCUCCACGAGGUCCUGAGGUUCUGUAACAUAGUCCCUCUAGGGAUUUUCCAUGCCACUUCCAAAGACACUGUUGUGCGUGGUUACACCAUUCCUGGAGGCACCACGGUCAUCACAAACCUCUACUCUGUUCACUUUGAUGAAAAGUACUGGAGCAAUCCAGAGGUGUUUUUUCCUGAGAGGUUUUUGGACAGUAAUGGGCAGUUUGUCAAGAAAGAUGCGUUUAUUCCUUUUUCCCUAGGAAGAAGGCAUUGUCUUGGAGAACAGCUGGCUCGAAUGGAAAUGUUUCUGUUUUUCACCUCCUUGCUACAACGGUUUCACCUGCAUUUUCCUCAUGGGGUGAUCCCAGAGCUCAAGCCGAGAUUUGGGAUGACCUUACAACCACAGCCGUACCUCGUCUGCGCCGAAAGGCGGUGAAGGGCAGGGCUGAGAUGGGCAGGGCGAGCACAGUGCUCCCACCUACGGCUCAGGAUCCACUUUGCCUUCUAUUCCUAAACGUGUUCAAGCCAGAAAAACAAAGAUUUAAAGAACUAAUAGUUUCUCUUUUACUUGGUUUUCACAGAAAAAAAAACCAAACGCGAACUAAAAGUGUGGAACACAUCCUGUGUGAAAGUGAUGUUUUCACUCCAGAAGACUAUAUUGAAUCUAACUUCUGAUACAGGUUUUAAAUAUUUAAUUACUUAGCAAGACAUUUUACUUUGAGAGGACACUUUCAUAAGCAUGGAGAAUAUGGUUCAAAAUGUUUAUGCUUGAAUUCAUCCAUGGAAAUAUCAUUUACAUUAUUCCAGCUAAGCCGUUCUUUAUAAUAAUCCAUUAAAUUUUCAUAGCUAAAAGGGCUUUAAAAGGUGUCUAUUUAAAUAUCUGUAACCAAGAAUGGACUAUAUUUUCCAGCCUUAAAAAAAUAAAUUGUCUUUAAAGCAUUUUAAUCCUUCUUUCUCCUUUCCCUGUCUUCCCACUUGGUCAUAAUUUUCUAGCUAAUCAGAUAACCGUGAAUUCACUUCCAAGAUCUUUUAUGUCUUGCUUCUCACUUAGCAUCAUACACAAAGUGUUCAAUUAUUGCCAUA